UACACUGUCAUAUAGUGAUAAACACUUGGAUGGUUUGAUGAUGAGCACGUAAAUUAAGUAAUACGUAUUGCCUAGUUUAUAUCUAAAUUCCAGUUGUAUUUUAAAUUUUGCUUGGUAGUUUGCCUCGAAAGAUGGAUUUGUCAAAAAUGAAAAAUGAUAAGAAACUUUACCUUUGCAGGUGGUAUUAUCGAGCUGGAUUUGCAUUUCUGCCGUUUCUAUGGUGUGUAAAUGCUAUUUGGUUCUUCUCGGAAGCAUUUAGGAAGCCACCAUAUGAGCAACAAAAGGAAAUAAAGAAGUAUGUGAUAAUGUCUGGAAUUGGUGCUAUUAUAUGGACAGCAAUUCUGACAACAUGGAUAACAAUAUUUCAGUUGCACCGAGCAGAAUGGGGAGCAACUGCAGAUCAGUUAUCAUUCAUUAUACCAACAGGAAUACCUUAACAACUGGCUAUUCUUUUAUAAUAAUUACAACUUUACUUGCUAUCAUGUUGAACUUUAUUUCAAUAUAAAUCAGGAGUCAGAAAUAAGUUGUCCUUUUUCAGAUUUUGUAAAGACUUGUACAAAACAAUAAAUCCAACAAUUAUAAAUUCAUGUAUUGAGUUAUAUAACUGAAACAUGCUAUGACAUUUGCAGCUACAAUAAUAGCAAAAUAAUUAUCACCAUAUGAGCAUUAUUUAGUAUGUUCUAUUGGAAAAAUAUAUAUAUAUAUACACAAUUGAUUAGUAAAGUACAGACAUAUAAAUUUACAAUGUACAUACAAGGAUGUUUCAGUUAAAAUAAUGUAGUUGAAAAAAGUUAUAAGUGAUAAAGUUUUCUUGGGUAAUCAACUGCAUGUAUUCAGAGCACAAGUCCCAACAUUUCAGAGACCAUCAUCUCUUUCCAUCACCAGGGAGUGAUGUAAUGGCAACCUAGUGAUUGAUCCAUCUACGCUCCACCUUCAAGAUCAAUUAUUGACAUAUGAAGGAUCAUGAAUGGAGCCAAGUGUGAAUCGCUCAUCAUGCUCACUGUUGCCGCAACUGUAAACUCGAGUCAGAUAGACCAAUCUGGUGUUUUUCUGAGUAAAUGCUCCUAACAUCUGUCAUUGACAUGUUCUGUCCGAAUGCUGCUUAACUGUGCUGUCUUGAGUGGACUAGACAUGGCUUCUGGAGCUUGCUGGUGUGUCAUCAGAUUUCAUCGCUAAUGCUAAAUUGUACUCAUAUUUGAAUGAGAUAACUUUCACAUACAAAUAAUGAAUGAUGGGUCUGGUACCUGGUCAUCAACUUCCUACACGAACCUACAGAUAAUGUUGAGCAAUGUUCAGACAGGACAAGAGUCAGGGGUGUUACGUUGCUUCUAAUGACAGAACAUGGCCAUUACACCAGAUAGGUCACUGACUCAAGCUUCCGGAUGGGUUGUAUAAACCAUUCUUAUUGGGUCAAUGGUUGUCCCUGAAGGUGGGGUCCAAGAUGGAUCUCUAAAUGUACAUAUAUAGCAACCAAAAGCUAAUAGGGGAGAAGGGGGCUAGUUGCUAUAUUUUAGUUUAAAAAUCACUAAUUUGCAGCAUCUCACAAGUCUCGUAUCUAUUGCGUCUCCCGUGCUCAGUUCUACCCAAGGUAUGAUACUUGUAGCUUGUGUAUUACGUGAGCUAGGUUGAUUUUAAGUGUUUUUACCUGUAAAAAGUUUAAAAAGAAAUCUGAGUUUGAACUAA